AUGGAUUGGAAGUUAAUUGCAGUUCUAAAUGUUGUGCUAUGUGUAACAGCAGCACAUCCACCGCGUGCUGCGAAAUCCGAACAGACUUUUAUCAAAUAUUUUGGCAAAGAAGAAAAGAUUAAUGCGGAAAAUGACAAGUCUGAACGUCAAGAGGAAUAUGUGGAAUCAUAUCCCUCUUAUGAGUUCUCGUAUAAAGUUUCGGAUCCUCAUACUCAUGACUAUAAAGGACAACAGGAAAAACGACAUGGUGACAAAGUCAAUGGGAACUACUGGCUAAUACAACCCGACGGACGCAAGCGCCUAGUCAAAUACCAUGCCAAUGAUCACAUCGGAUUCAAUGUCCUUAUAGAUUAUUCACAAAAAGAUAACGAGAAAGGUGAAGAAGCUGAAACUAAGGAAAAUGGUGAAUCCAAUGCUGAAAACGAUAACGAAAAAAGAACUUGGCAUGUUAUUCACGAUUAUAAAAUGAAGAAAGCAUCAAGGGAAUGGGGCUCGCAAGAAGAAAGCAAUGCUAGCGCCGGCCAGUCGAAAGAAAAUGCAGAAUCUGGCCAAAGUGAAGGCCGGGAUCAACAAAACUCACGACAAAGUGAAGCCCAAGAAACUGACAGAUCACGAAAUAGCCAGGAAGGCAGGAGAGAAAAAAGUAAAGAAAGCACUGAGAGAAAUUCCAAUGAAAGACGUAAAGAAGGUGGAGGUGGAGGUUCCAGGGGGAAAAAUGAAAAUGAGUCUAGUCGUGGAAACUCUAAUGAACAACAAAAUUCAGGUCAGUCUGUAAGUAGUAAAGAAAACUCUAAAAGUGAAAAGAGCGGAGAAAAAAUAUAUUGGUAUCGUAUUCCACAUAAAUAUUUAAAAAAAGGUUAUGCAGUUAUUGAUGAAAUUAAAAAGGAGAAUAGAGAAGAAAACAAGGAAUCAAAUGAAGGAGUUGCAGGUAGAAGUACGGAGACAGCAAAUGAGCAGUCAGCUGAAAGCGGCAAUAGAUCCAAUGAAGAAAAAAAUGAGGCGAGUGGAGAGCAAAACAGCGCUCGGCGUGAGUCAAGUGAGAAUGGAAGUAAAGAAAAGGUGUAUGGAUAUAAAUCUUACGUUUACCACAUUCGCCACUAA